GUGAGGUGGGUUCGGGGAAGACCACCUUGGUUGCAAAACUACAGGGGAUUGAAGAAUACAUGAAAGGGCGUGGCCUGGAAUACCUCUACUUCAGUGUCCAUGACGACGACAUUGAUGACCAAACUAGGUGUAAUGCCUGGGUGUUAGAUGGAGACCUUUACCACAAAGGUCUCCAGGGAGUAGCUGUGCCAGUGGACUCUAUCGGCAACACGUUGCUGCUGAUAACGGUUGACAUGUCGCGGCCAUGGAACGCCCUGGACUCUCUCCAGAAGUGGGCUGCCGUCGCUAGGGAACACAUCGACAAACUCCGGGUCGCCCCAGAAACACUGCGGGAGCUGGAGCACAGACUUGUAAAACAGUUCCAGGAGUACACAGAGCCAGGCAGUGGGGAGGAUGGCACCCCGCAGAGGAGGAGUGAAGAUGAGGAGACCGUGCUGCUGCCGUUAGGAGACAACACACUCACACACAACUUGGGAAUACCAAUGGUGGUGGUCUGCACCAAGUGCGACGCCAUCAGCACACUGGAGAAGGAGCACGACUACAGAGACGAACACCUGGACUUCAUCCAGUCUCACAUCAGAAAUUUUUGUCUGCAGUACGGAGCAUCUCUGGUUUACACAUCAGUGAAGGAGAUGAAAAAUCUGGACAUCCUCUACAAAUAUCUGGUCCACCGACUCUACGGCUUUCCCUUCCACUGCCCGGCACAAGUGGUGGAAAGAGAUGCUGUCUUCAUUCCAUCAGGUUGGGACAAUGAGAAGAAGAUCGCGAUACUUCAUGAGAACUUCCAGACAGUAAAAGCGGAUGACAGCUUUGAGGACGUAGUAGUCAAACCGCCAGUCAGAAAGAUUGUACAUGAAAAGGAGAUUCAGGCAGAAGAUGACCAAGUGUUUCUGGUAAAACUGCAGUCGCUGCUUGCCAAACAGCCUGCUGUGACAGCAGGGAGACCAGUGGACACCACCAGCAGAGCACCCACCGGUUCCCCCAGGACGAGUAAUCGCUCCGCAGCGGCCAACGUAGCAAACGCCAUGCCACAGUCGGGUCAGACCAGUGAGGGCGUGUUGGCCAACUUCUUCAACAGUCUACUGACAAAGAAAGCAGGGACAGGAGGGCCUGGUACGCCAGGUGGCGGGAACAACACUCCAGGAACAGUACGCAAGUCAGACAUGAACAUAACACAUGGUUCAAAGCUGGGCCUGGGCGAUGUACAGGCGGAGCUGGACCGCAUAUCCAGCCGGGAGACUGACUCGGACUUGCCCAAUGCCAACGACACGCCUGCCACCGACAGCCAGGACACAUGAAGACCAACACACACGUCACCCUGCUCCCCCCGCCCCUCCCCCCUCAGUCAUCUUCCACCUCCCUUGUCCUUCCUCCCUCCACUCAAAACCUCCACCCCAUCACAAACAUGCAGGGGAGAGAAAGAGGGAUGUAGUUCACAAAGAACUCCCCCUCUCCACCCCCCUACCCAUUACCCUCCACUACCCCCCCUUCCUCUCUUCUCCUUCUGGCUGUUUUGCUGAGGGCGAGUAUUUGUCACUGUUACAUACAAGACUGUCUGUUACAUGAGAGUUAAUGGGUAUGGGGGACCAAUGGGUGGUGUGUGGAGGAGGUUGGGAUGAGACGACGUGAGAGCGUGUUGAAAAAGAUCGAUUGCAAGAAUGAAAGCGAGGGUGUUUUAUCCAUCCAUUCCUUGUGAUGGUACAGUUAGUGUUUUUACUGUAGGAACUGCUGAAGGGUGCAUGUUGAAUAAUCUGCACUUAGGUACUGUAGGGGUGAUUGUGUGUUUAAUGUAUGUGGGGCAAGUCACGCUAGGCCAGAGGAAGAGAUUGAGAACGAAAAGAAAAAAAACGCCUGAAACAACAAUUGCAAACAGUCUUGUUUUUUAAGUUGAAGGGACAAACAUACCAGUAUUUGUGUGAGUGUGUGUGUGUGUGUGUGUGAGUGUGUACAAGUGAGGCAGAUCAAGAAAAUUAAGCAAGCUUCUUCAACCUGUAUGUUGAGAGAUUUUUUGGCUGUUUGCAUUUCAACCAAAAGGCAAAAAACAUUACUAUGCUCUUACACUACAAGCUCUUAAAACAGCAUACACUAUUAUUACAGCAGCCCUGUCUGCUACACUACACAAACCAAACAUGACCACAGCAAAAAAAAAAAAAAAAUCUACUUCAGACUCAAAGUUAACACUCGAGCACUAGUCAUGUGUAGAAGGCACCUAAAGUCCAUCAUGACACCUAGUACUACAAUUGGCCAAACUUCCCCCGCGUGGUACAUACUGCUAAAACCUGUAGAUGACAGACAGUGCACUGGAAAAAGGGAGGGUGUUAAAGGGGUAGUAGGGGGUGGGUAGCUGAGCUUUACUUGUACAGAAAGAAGCACUAGUGAUUCAGUUUCAUGGUUACUGCGGGCAAGGGGCGGUCAGAACAAGGGAGGGUCACACCACGAAUGUACAGUCAUUGUCUCGCUGAUUGGUCCUGUUAUUUCAGAGCUCUGUGUUGGCGUUUGUAUAAUCCGAUCUGUUAAUCAGUCAAAUAAAAGGUGUAUUUAUUCGGAUUCAUCCACCUGGCUCCCCUUUGUUUUGUUAUUUUCACAAGUCAUCCGUCCUCUCCUCACUCUGAAUAAACAGAGGGACUCGAGGUUCCUUCAGUUAGAUCUCUUGGGUACAGCCCAUGUUGUUAAGCAUCAAGCUGCUGAUGUGAGACUGAAUUUUGGAAUUGUCUUGGUUUAAAAAUAACACAAUUAGUAGGCACUGCUGUUUGAAGUACAGUGCUCUUCCUCAGGCAGAAACAACAGGGUAAUUGAGGACAAGACACUGAAUAUCAUCAGGGACACAAAUAAACAAAAAAAUCCAGUUUUUGUGGAGUAUUGGAUGUAUUGAUUCAAUUAAAUUGCCAUUUUUGAGGCCAGUAAGUGUUUAUCGAUCAGUGCUGGUCUGGGCCUACUCAGACUCACUCAUAACUGUUAGGAGCCUCACCACUAAAGUAUUCAGAGGUACAACUUUAUUUUAAGUUGUUGUGCAGCAGUUGCUGUACAAAGUAGGAAAGAGUGUAAUUAUAUUGAUUGUAAGUGGUUUCUGUUACUUUGUCUACCCUGCGUAGGCUCUAUGUCCGGCCUCUAACCGCUCUGAAGGGAUCCUGAACUGCUUUUAUUAUUUAUGUACAGUAUAUUUAUACAAUGCUCCACUGUCUUGUAUCUGAAUAAUUUCUCUUGAUAUCUUUAUAGGAAUACUGUUUGUGGGCAACUUACUUUAAGCAUCAUUCUGUAUGUAUUUUCAUGAGCAGAUGAAAUACCAUUAUCAUGAAGGCUGAAAUGACACACUCUCAAACCUAUUGUGCAUUUGCAUGACCAAUUGCAAGGAAUAAGAGUGACUAAUUUUGCCAAAUAAAUGAAUAUAUGUGCAA